AUGCCUAUUGAUUACUCAAAGUGGGAUAAGCUUGAACUUUCUGAUGACUCAGAUAUCGAGGUUCAUCCAAAUGUUGACAAAAAUUCAUUUGUUAAAUGGAAGCAAAGAGAUAUUCAUGAAAAACGUCAGCAACGUAAUAUCGAAAUAAAAACCAUAUUGAUCCAAUUGACAAUGUAUGCCAAGUUGAAUGAAAGAGUUGAUUAUAUAUUGACUUUGCCAAAGGAUAUCUUGAUAGAUAACUCAGCUGUCGUUCUGAAACUUGAUUUGAACUUUGACAAAACUGAAAAGUUUGAUUAUCAAAAGUUGAUCAGUGAAAAGGGUGAUUCAUUAAGAAAAGGUUUGAAAGAUUUACAUUUCGAACCAGAAGAAGCUCAAGAUAGUUCCCCAUAUAAUGAAAUGAUUGAAGAUUUACUUAUUCAAAUUAAGGAUGAACAUCCAGAUGCCAGAAAUGAUCCUGUUAAACUUGCUGAACAUUUGAAAGAUCAUAGAAAUAAGAUUGAUGACGUUUUAUCUAAGCAAACUAUUAAGUUAGAUGACUUGUUAUAUCAAAAGUCUUUAUUGAUUAGUAGUGAUGACUAUCAUACUGGUUUCGAUAGAUCCUUUUUAAAUCACGAUAAAGAAGAAGAAAAGACUGAAGAAGUAAAACCUACAAAGAUUGAAAAGAAAUCUGUUACAACCGUUGAAACUAUACAUGAUCCAAAGCAAUCAAAUGUUGUUGCUAAGUCCGAGCCCAAGUCUGACAAAGACAUUCUUGAUGAAUUGGAGUUAUUACCUGCAACAGAAGAGUUUGCCAAAUUAUCUAAGCUUGAGGAUAGUUCCCUUUAUUUGUUGAAACAUACUCAAAUAUGUACUGAGCAACAAAAAGAUGCUUUAAUAAUGACAGCUUUUGAUUUAGAGCUUGAAGGUGAUACAGCAGGUGCCAAGCAGGUUAUACAUCAAUCAUUGUUGCUUCAAUAUGUGGCCCAAUUAGCUGGUCCAAAUGUAAAUAAAGAUCAAACUAUCAGAGCCAUCAGGCUCUUCUUCUCCAAGAUACAAGAUAAAUCUCUGCCUGCCAGAUCAGCUUUCUUGCAAGAUGUGGAUGGUACUUUGAGUCAUAUAAAGUCAAGAUGUGAGGUAAUACGUUCUGAAUAUAAUGAUAAAAAUGAAAACGAGGAGGAAGCCUUAAUUCAAUUAAAAGCAUUGGAUGAUAAUACUCAACUUAUGGUAAACAUUCCAAAAGAAGGUACAGAAGAGUAUGAAAUAUUUACUACAGAAUUAUCAAAAGAAUUGCAGGAUGCAGUGAGAACUGAAUCAUUAGAAGAAGUUAAUAAAGUAUUUGCAACCAUGAAAGUUGAGGAUGCAGAACAAGUAUUAGAAAUAUUCAAUCAAUGCGGUGUAAUUGGGAUUUCAGGUUAUUUAGAAAACGAAAAUGACUUUGAGGAACUUCAACAACAAUAUAAUGAAGGUCACAUUGAUGAAAUUCCUGAAGAAGUCGAACAGGUUCCUGAAGAAGUUAAUGCAUUGUCUAUUGAAGAUACUGUAGAUUGA